GGUCUUGACGUCCAUGUUGCUGCCCGAAGGAAAUGCUUCAGGAAGCGUCGCAUAUGGACCGCAUCACGCAGCUUCAAGAUGAAAUACAGCAGCUGUUGAACAUCAUGGCCCAGAGCAUCACGUAUCUGACGACGAGAGUCAACUUCAUGCAGAUUAGUCCUGAGAUACCGGUCACGAAGAAAAAGACGAAGUUUGACCCACCGGAUGUGUUCGCCCAAAACACUACCGAGCUUGUUACGGACCUCGUACGGAAGGCGAAGCAGAUUGAGUAUCUGAUACAAUCCUUGCCAGAGCCUGAGGCGGAAGAGACGCAGGCUAGGCGCCUUCAAGCUCUUGAAUCAGAGAUGACGCAGGCGAAUGAGGAAUAUGCGAAGGCUGUCAGGAGAGCGAGGAAUCUACAUGGACAAGUGACCGCUCUCUUGGAUCUGGUUCUCGAAAACCCAGAAGCAGACGUUGUAAAGGCAUGAUCUCUGGCUCUUUCUCUUCUCCAUACAUGAACAAUGCUAUAUAUCAUGUUAUUUGACCACAACAUUCACUGUCAGAGUCGCCUUGAUGCCCGUGGCAAGCAUUCCCGUCGUCUGUCUGCAGGGGGGGCGCCUCAAAGAAUGACUCCAAAGUUUACAAUCGGUUCAACAUCGUAAAUGCGUCCCGGCUGACGUUGCCUGCUACGUUACCCGGUGAGACCCAACAGUUAUGGAACACACGGUACGCCUCCGAGUCCUUGUCGACGAUAGUUCCGCCCUAGUACCCG